CCCCUCCUUCGAGCUGCACCAUCCGACUCUCAUGUAAUGACGAACCAGGCGCUUUACAGUCAGAUCAGUGCCAAGUGGAACAAUUCCUUCAACCGCCUCAACCGAGGCGAGCCUGGGAUUUCGGGACUGCUAUCGUUCAGCCAGGCUUGGAGGACAGCGACUGCCUUCCUGUAUCCUCAGGACCUGAACGACCCUUCGUCAUACAAAGAGUACAGCAUCCAAGAUGUACGGGCAUCCUUUGACACUCUCAGCAAGUCGAAGAUGCUGCCACUGCUCAUGGAGAACUUCCUUGAGAAUAUGCGGCAGCAGCAAUAUCUUGUUGAGCGUGAUAUCCAGAAAUACAUGACGGAGUACGAGGCAGCAGGUUCCGCUGAAGCUAUCGGGAGGCUGUUGUUCCGGCUUGUAGACUGGUAUAAGGCUUGGUCACCAAUUCCAGAGCUUGGCACAACACUGCUCUCCGCAUAUACGCUCGCAUUCCAGACUUACAUUUAUUCAUCCUUCCCGCCAUCCUUCUCGCGCGGCUUCAAAGACCUGAUUGCCUCUACUUUUGACCUCGUGAACGCAUCGUGCCCGCCUCCGUGGGCACUACCGUCGGAACCCCAAGCGUCAACCUCGGCAGCGCCGCCGCGCCCUGAUCUCCCGCUCUGGACCGCAUGUGAGACGCUGGGCCUGCUGGACCGUUACGAGUCGCUCAUAGCGAGCGUUUGCUAUGAAUACAUCGAGGCGCACGUCCUGAACACAUGUGCGAAGAAGUGGGAUGACUCCAUGCUCGUGUGUUUGAGGGAGUGGAUGGCGGAGAAGGUAGUACCGUGGAUGGUAAUGCCAUAUGCGAGAGGAGCGAGAAAUGCGGAGGAGGCUCGCUCGAUGCUGCAAGGUGUCGGAUCAAGGUUCGACUAUCACGUUUGCAAGACGCUCUGCGAUCUCAGAACGCAGGAGAUCUUCGACAUCAUCAUUGAUUACCCAGACUCCCAACCGGCGUUGCAAGACCUGAAGGAAUGUCUCGCUCGGGUCGACCAACGCAGUGAACUGGUCACGACCCUGCGCAAGGCGAACAAGAAACGCCUCCUGCACCCAGGUGCCGAUACGAAAGACAUUCUAACGCAAUACGUCUCCAUCAUCCGAUGCUUGCGUUUGAUUGAUCCCCCGGGUGUUUUGUUAUACAAGGUCGCAGACCCCAUACGGAAGUACCUAAGAGAGCGCCCUGACACCAUUCGCUGCAUCGUCGCGAGUCUCGUAGGAGACGGCGAGAGCGGGGACUCGCUGGUGGACGAGAAUGAGCCUAUACAGCCUUUGCAACAAAAGCAAGCGGACGACUUCGCUGACGCCAAUUGGGAGCCAGAGCCAAUAGAUGCAGGUCCCAACUUCCGUACCAACAGACCAACGGAUGUUAUCAGUACUUUGGUUAGCAUCUACGACUCGAAGGAUCUCUUCGUCAAGGAGCUGCAGGUACUGCUCGCCCAGCGACUGCUUGCCGUGACAGAUGGCAACUACGAGCGCGAGCGGCGGAAUAUCGAGAUCCUGAAGAUUCGCUUCGGAGAGGCGGCGCUGCAAGUGUGCGAGGUCAUGCUGCGUGACAUGACGGACUCGAGGCGUAUCGAUCAACACGUCCAGCAGCAGAAGCCGAUGCCUCUGCACCCGACCAUUGUGUCUCGGCACUUCUGGCCGCCACUGCAAACCAGCAGCUUCAACAUGCCAGGGCAGUUCAAGGAGAUCCAGGACGCCUAUGCUAAAGAGUUCCAUAUUUUCAAACCGGAUAAGAAGCUACAUUGGUUACCGCACCUCGGCACGAUCUCGCUCGAGAUUGAGCUACAAGACCGCACGAUCAACGCCGAGGUCCCUCCUUUGGAAGCUGCCAUAAUUGAGUUGUUCUCCUCGAAGGACACAUGGGACGUUGCUGAGCUGGCGGCGGAGAUGAAAGUGGACAAGACAGCAGCGAUAAAAGCAUUGCUGACAUGGGUGGACCUCGGAGUAUUGAAGGAGGAAGACGUGAACCACUAUAAGCUUCUCGAGGUUGCGGAGGAAGCGCCUGCAGGCACGAAGACGGUUUCCAGGCCAGCCGUAGUUAUCGAAGAAGUAUCGGCUGUCCUGACAGUCCAGCGGCAGCAAGCGGAGCAGAUGAAGGUGUAUUGGAACUUCAUCGAGGGCAUGCUCACCAAUCUGGGUGCAUUGAGCUUGCAGCGCAUUCAAGGCAUGCUCAAGUUCGCGAGCGGGUACGACCGCACGAUUGAGCAGCUGGCGGAGUUCAUGGAGGCGGCUCGGAGAGAGGGUCUGGUGACGGUCAAGGACGGUAUGUGGAAAUUGCAUCGGUGACGCUCGGAGUGUACAUUUAGGUAUUGUCUUGUACGAUGAUCAUAUGCCGAAGGUAGGGUAGGGUGACGAUCGCUUCGUGAUCGUCAAGAGUUUG